GGCGUGGCAGGAAGGGGGGAACUCUGUGGUCAGGGAGCUGCUCACCCAGCACAGCUGCGCCCUCGGAGCUGCCAUCCCGCUCGCUGCCCCUCAGCCCUGGCCAACAUGGUCCCGGCAGCGGUCCUGCUCUUACUCCUUUUGGUGGACCCAGCAGAGGCCCUGGGAGAGCCGCAGCUCUGCUACAUCCUGGACGCCAUCCUGUUUCUCUACGGCAUCAUCCUCACCUUGCUCUACUGUCGACUCAAGAUCCAGGUGCGAAAGGCAGCGACAGCCUAUCAGAAGUCAGAAGGCAUUUACACGGGCCUGAGCCCCCGGAGCCAGGAGACAUACGAGACCCUGAAGCAUGAGAAGCCGCCACAGUGACUGCAGACAGACGCCCUUGGGCAUUUCCUCCUCCCGCUCCCGGCUCCCCACCCAGCCCCGCCACGGGCACCAUGUAUGCCUCCUGCCACCGAUGCCCUCGGACCUGCCCUCGUGACGAUGCUGUGCCCCCACGAGUGGGCCCCCUGGUUCGUCCUCCCCGCCAAAGGCCUGUGGUCAGACGCUACUUGUUAAUGUUCACGUCCUAGUCUCCCCGUGACUGCGCCCUCCCCGCUUCCCCGCCCUCAGCGCCCGCCGAACAAUGGAAAAGGGACAGCACCAAUAAAGCCAUGGAACGGA